UGAAGUUAUGAGGGUGUGUCUUUGUCCUCUGAUCAGACACUCAGACACCCGGACUGAAGAGGAAGACGAGAGAAGAGCAGCUUGGUCUCUGCCAGUGUUUCCUCCACACACGAAGGUGGAAAGAGUCUUUAAUGGACCUGAAGAGUUCAGCAGUGAACUAUGGAACAGUAUGUUGAAGACUCCAGCCUCAGGGACUGGGAGGAGAUUGGUUCUGGGGGUUUUGGACAAAUCUACAAAGCCAGGCAUCAUCAGUGGGGCUGUGACGUGGCCAUUAAACUGCUUCUUCAGGGCGAGGGGACCGAGGAGUCUUUGCUGCGUGAGAUCAAGAUGAUGCGUCAAGCCACCAGCCCGUAUGUCAUGGCCGUCCGAGGGAUCUUCAAAGGUCAUACGCCCUCUGGUGGGUCAAGACAGCUUGGUGUGGUCAUGGAUCUCAUGGAGAGAGGAUCAUUGGCCUCCCUACAGGAAGCAUUGAGGGGAACUCCACCCUGGUCGCUGGUCUUCAGACUGGCUCACCAAGUGGCUCUGGGUAUAAACUUCCUCCACACUCUGCCCCGACCCGUGCUCCACCAGGACCUGAAGCCCCAAAACGUGCUGCUGGAUGACGCUCUCAAUGCCAAGCUUACAAAUUUUGGCCUUGCCCGGAUUUGCUGCAGCGUCACGCAGGUUUCCAAGGACAGUGGACCAGUAGGAGGGACGCUACCAUACAUGCCACCAGAGGCUUUUAAAGCAUCGUACAAACCUACCAGAGCCUUUGAUAUCUACAGUUAUGGGAUACUCCUUUGGUCCAUUGCCACAGGGAAACAACCAUAUGAGCAUUCAAGACCCAAAAUAAUGAUGGAGCGCAUCCCGAGAGGAGACCGUCCACCCCUGGAGGAUAUCACGGGCGAUGCUGCCGGGUUGACGGAGCUGAAAAGACUGAUGGAGAGAUGCUGGGAUCAGAAACCUGAACGAAGGCCCAGAGCCCUUGAGUGUACAACGGAGACAGAACAGCUGUUCAAGAAGCACAAAGAUGAACUCAACAAAGCUGUCUAUGAAGUGCUGGAGAAACUGAAGCAAAAGGAAGGAAAAGGCAUGGCAGCAGGAAAGAAGGUUCAGAGGGAUCCAGUUGCUGAGGCUGCAG